AUGGACUUCGAUACGCCCAGCCAGAGCCUCUCGCCGGGCGCCGUCAUUCACAACCCGACCCUCGCUCUGCCCGCCACGUGCGACCCGCCCUCGGAAAGCAACCCGCCCAAACGCGCAGUAUGGAUUGUCUUUGGCGCGACCGGCCACAUAGGCCGGUCUCUGGUUCGAGCGAUACUGGCGCACGGCGACCGAUGCACUGCAGUCGGGUGGACACACGAGAACACAAUGGACCAGAUGGACAAGUGGAAGAGUGUCAGUUGUCUAGGCCUGCUCUGCGAUGUGCGCGUACGCGAUACCGUGGAUUGGGUCAUCAAGAAGAGCAUUGAACACUGGGGACAAGUGGACAUCAUAACCAACAGCACCGGAUACGGCGUCAUAGCAGCAUGCGAAGACCAGGACGACUACGACCUGCGCAACCAAUUCACAACAAACUUCCUCGGUACUCUGCAUAUCAUCCAAUUGUCACUUCCUCACUUUCGCGCUCAAAACUCGGGGCGCUACCUCAUAUUCUCCUCGACUGCCGGAUCGCUGGGCGUGCCCGGACUGGGCCCGUACUGCGCAACCAAGUAUGCCGUUGAGGGUUUGAUAGAGUCCAUGUUGUACGAAGUCGAUAUUUUCAACAUCAAAGCCACACUGGUCGAACCCGGCCAUGUCCGACUGGACGAACCUGACGACAACAUGUUGCUUCCCAUGUAUACCUCGGCUCCCGGAACAGGACCUCCCAAGCCGAAGCGCUACGGCCACUUUUCUGUAAAACCAAAUCCAAGCGAGCCGUAUGCUACAUUGACCAGUCCGGCCCAGCACGCACGGCGAAUGGUACAGUGGUUGAACGACAGGCAGCCCGUUAGUGCGGUGAAAAGUGCUGAACUGUUAUGGCAACUAGGCCAUUGCAGCUAUCCUCCGCUACGUCUUAUCUUGGGUAGUUAUGCCGUCGAGAGCAUCCGGGACCGUAUGAAGAGUAUCACGGAAGAGAUUGAGGACUGGAAGCAUCUUUCCUUUCCCGUCGCUGUGCCUCCAGAGGAUGAAGAAAAAAAGGACGAGAUUAAGGAGGAGCAAGAUCAGGAUUGA